CGUUCGCGGUAAUGUCGUUCGCGGUAAUGUCGUUCGCGGUAAAGUCGUUCGCGGUAAUGUCGUUCGCGGUAAUGUCGUGUCACGUGUCCACAGGACACUUUUCACCCUGUCGUGUCCUGGAGGGCAGGGCAGGGCUUUGUGAGACUGAAAAAGGUCUUAAGACCAAGAAUAAGCGUCUGUAGCUUAAUAAUAUAAAGUAAUGGUCGGUUUUUGAAAUUUUGGAAUCCGGUAGACUCCGAUGGAAUCUGAUGGACUCCAAUGGAAUCCGGGAUUCUACACUUCUCCCGAAACAGAACAAAAGUGUUCUAUAUUUUAGGAAACUUUUCUCAAACAGCAGCACAAAAAUGUUCUGCUUUGGGGGAAAGUUCCAGAGAAUCCAAGGGAAUCUUAUGGAUUCCAAGAGAAUCCUAUGGAAUCCUGUAGAAUCAUGCGGAAUCCUUGGAAUCCAGGAGAAUUCAGGAUUCUAGGAUUCCGUGCUUUUCCCCUUGUAGAAAAUUCAUACGACAUUUUGAAUUGCAAAAAGACGUUUACUGAGUUAUGGGGGAAGAACCAAAUUGUAUAAGGUGACGUGAAAUAUUCAGUAAAGAUUUUAUUUAAAACAUGAAUAUUUUGUUUCUUGUUCAUAUUUCUAACCUAUAAGAGUCAUAAAAAUUGAAAACAGAAACAGAAAAAUAUGACUGGAUUAAAAGAAAAUUCUGAAAGAGAAAAGAACAAGAAAACUAUACGGCUUGUCCAAACGUAAGGGUGUGACAUUUUUGACAUAGUACUUCUCAAUUUUUAUCACAACUAUAAGAGGUAGAAAGAUCAUUCUGCCGCUAUUUUGUGCAGUUCACUGUCCUCUGCCUGUGGUAAAAAAAUGAGAAAAUUUGGGUAAUAUUUACGGCUUUGAGAAGAAAUAUUCGGUAAGUGACGGACGUGACAGAAAAAGGUCCUAGAUCGAGAGUACAUCCAAUUUAACGCUAAUUUCCUGCGAAAUGACUUGAGCAAAUGGAAACUGUCUAGAGUGACGGCUGUAGAAAAGCUUACGAGCUAUCCAAUACUAAAAAGAAUUUUCUUCCAAAGCCUUUCCCUCGCUUAUAAAUGUCAAUAAGUAAAUGUGACGGCGUGACACACUUUUUGUCAGUGAAUUUUCAGGCAUUUAAUGUCCUCCAAAAAGCUUGAUGUUUAUAUUUGCCAUAGAUUUGGUGAUAUUCUAUCGAUUUAUGUGACAAAUUAGCGUUAAAUUGGAUGUACUCGCGAUGUAGGAUCUUUUUCUGUCACGUCCGUCACUGAUGUUUGGACAAGGCGUAUAGUUUUCUUGUUCUUUUCUCUUUCAGAAUUUUCUUUUAAUCCAGUCAUAUUUUUCUGUUUCUGUUUUCAAUUUAUAUGACUUUUGUAGGUUAGAAAUGUGAACAAGAAACAAAAUAUUCAUGUUUUAAAUAAAAUCUUUCCUGGAUAUUUAAACAAACUUAAACAACUUGGUUUUUUCCCCGUGACUCAGUAAAUGUCUUUUGCAAUUCAAAAUAAAAUUCGUAUGGAUUUUCUAAUGAGAAGACCGCCAGCAGAGACGAAUUAUUUAAAUACAACGAAAUCUUAUAACUCUUUUUCUCUUUUUUAGAGUAUUAUUUGGUAUCACAUACAAUGUCUUCAAGAGUACCUUAUCCUUCUUCAGCUUCUUCGCCGCCACCACCUUAUCCCCCUUCAGCAUCACCACCUUAUCCCUCUCCGACAUCACCACCUUAUCCCUCUUCGGCAUCAUCACUUUAUCCAGAGGUGAGGUCUGUUCACAAUGGUUUUAGCACUCUACAUGAACAACCACGACGGAAUUACAUGACACCAUCGAAUGAACGAAUGGGUCGUUUUAAACAACUUGUCAAUCGUUACGAGAUCAAUCGCGUUUAUGCUACGUGUUUAAGAGAUCUCGAAGGCUUCGAAAUUGUUUUUAUUGUGGAUGAUUCUGGAUCGAUGAACACUCCAGUUGUCCUAGACCCAGAUGGUGUUGAUAUUUAUUUUUUAAACCGAGAACCACUCUUACAUGUCAGGGAUUCGUCAGAACUUCAGCCAACAUUUGCUGUUCUACCUGAAGGACCGACUCCAAUUGCUCAAGUAUUGCGACAAGUUUUAACGGAAAAGAAAAUACAAAUACAAGAACGAAAACUAUUAGUUUUGAUUGCAACGGACGGAGAACCAACGGAUAACGAUGGACGCGUUGAUAUUCAAAAUUUAGAACAAGUUCUCCGAAACGAACGAAAUCCCAUUGCUCGUAUUCCUGUUACAUUUAUUGCUUGUACAGAUGACGAUUAUUCUAUCGGGUAUCUUAACAACUGGGAUGAAACAAUUGAGUAA